CAAUAUCUACACAAUUAGAAUAACAUUUAAAAUCGUCAAGAACAGUAUAGAAACACAUUUAACUUAUGGUUUUCGUUGCAUUUUGUCGAUAUCUAUGUAUUUAUCUAUUACUGUGAUAAAACAAAUGUAUCAUUUAAAUUAAAUGUAGAUAAAAACGGAAAAGAAGAACUUGCGGAACAGACAGGUUCAACAGAUCAUCUGGAGAAAGAAGAAAAUCCGGAGCACCUUCUAGAAGCAAUUUUGGCUGUAUAUAGAUUGAGUAAUGUUCCUGAAUCUGACAGGCCUAAUAUUCCCUUACAUAAUAAAAUAAUCAAUGGACAGAUGAAGGACAAAUUAUUCAACAUUUGCUCAACAAUCAAACGAAUAGGAUAUCGCUUUCGAACUUUUUACAUAUAUGCCGUUCAACCAAUAGGACUGGAGGACAAAGAGAUCCGAAAUAAUAAGAUUCGUGAGAUACUGAAGAUGUAUGGAAUAUUUCAUUAUGUAAUUGCACCAUGUAGUGAGAAAAUACAAGAAUUGAUGCACACGGGAGCGGAAAUUGAAGCAAGAUCUGAAACAUAUAUUUCCUUGAGGUCACGGCAAGUAAGCAGACCGAUAUUUACUAAAGGUGGUACACUAGGUGGCUUUGUCAAAACAGAUGAAACAAACCAAGAGUUUUGUCUCCUUUCAAAACACGUUGCCCAAUAUUGCAGCGAUGUGUUUUACGUUGGGGAUGAAAACAAUGAAAGUACAUGUAUUGGUCAGAUACUAACAGAGACAAACAUACAUCAACAUGGAAGUUUAGAUAUCUCAGCAUCUCUUAUGAAUAAGCCAGUCGGUGAAGAAAGCACAAAAUUUAACGAUAAGAGUGGACGACCAUUAAAGGGAAGAUUACAUGAAUACAAUGAAGAUGAGGAAGAUGACAUAUGUAGAAGUGGACAAUCAGUGCAUAUUUAUGGUGCAGUGUCGAAACCUGGUGAAGGUGUAAUUACAAUGCCCAUUGCACACAGUGGUCUGACUAGUCCAUUGAUUCAAAUUGAAGACAUUGGCAGAAAUCAUGGACAAAAUCAUGGACAAUUUGCUACGAAAGGUGAUAGUGGAGCCGUUGUGUGUGUAGACGAUCCCGAAAGACGACAUGUUGUUGCACUGGGUAUGGUAAUGGGAGUGGAUCAAAAUUCUUCGGGGCGCAAAUAUUUAGCUCUACCUUUAUCAAAAGGAAUUCAGCAGAUUGAAGCGCAAACCAGGACCCGUUUAGAGCUUAUGUAGCUGUUAUAGUCAUAAUACCAAGUAUGGGCAAUUAACAUAUUUUUCAGCUGAUUCAAAUAGAAGUUUGGCGUUUACUACCAGAACGAAAGAGGACUACCAGGAGAGUCAGUCCUCAGAUUGCCCAAAGUUCGAAUCACUGUCGGGCUUAUAGUUUGACGUAAAGAAAACGUUGCUGAUAUAUAUCAGUUUUCGAGUUUAAAAACAUUGUUUUACAUUUGCGUGUUAGUUGUUUAUGAUGACAGGUUUACGUGUGUCUGUGUAUAUCAUUUUAUCAUUUUAUUUAUCGAGGACUUUUCAAACUUUAAAAGAUGCAUAUACAGUUGACAUAAAAAGCAUUUAAUAAUUUACGUAGUUUUCCCGAAAUUUACAAUUAUAUGAAAUUAAAAAUAUCCACGCAUCACAACAUAAAAUCUAAAGAUCCUGUACGUUUUGUGAAUGAUAUUGUUACUGUGUGUAUACCACACUUGCAAAAAAUUAUAUAUGAAUAU